GGUUAAAGUUUAACCCUGCAGGCUCAUAAAGCAGCUGGGGGACAGUGAACCUUUGGAGUUUGAUAUGAUGUGAUGACAGAAUCACCCCAGUGACACGUUGCUAAAUUCCCCAGAAUGAAGGACUGAGUCUUCCGGGUGUUGAUCUCUGGAAUUGCUCAGUGAGCACCCCUAAUUUUGCUGAUUUAUCGCUGACAAUCGCUCUCAAUGGAAUCUAAUCAAAAAUCCGGGGAUGGACUGACGGGCAUGCAGAAAGAGGUGCCGCUGCGUGCACUCAUUCAGCGCACGGGAUACCAGUUAUUGCAGGAGAAUGGUCAGAGGAGGUACGGCGGGCCCCCUCCAGGCUGGGAAGGCCCUCCCCCAGAGAGGGGCAGUGAGAUCUUUGUGGGGAAGCUACCCAGGGACCUCUUCGAGGAUGAGCUGGUCCCCCUGUGUGAGAAAUUUGGGAAGAUCUAUGAGGUUCGGAUGAUGAUGGACUUCAACGGCAAUAAUAGGGGAUAUGCAUUUGUUACCUUCACCACCAAAAAUGAAGCUAAGACCGCCAUGAAACAGCUCAAUAACUAUGAAAUCAGGAACGGAAGACUCCUAGGAGUGUGUGCCAGUGUGGACAACUGUCGUCUGUUUGUGGGGGGUAUCCCCAAAUCCAAGAAGAGAGAGGAGAUCCUGAUGGAGAUGAAGAAAGUGACAGAUGGGGUGUUGGAGGUGAUUGUUUACCCCAGUGCUGCGGACAAGACCAAGAACAGGGGCUUCGCCUUUGUGGAGUAUGACAGUCACCGCGCUGCAGCCAUGGCCAGAAGAAAACUAUUACCAGGGAGGAUCCAGCUGUGGGGACACGCCAUUGCCGUGGACUGGGCGGAGCCUGAAGUGGAAGUGGACGAGGACACCAUGGCAACGGUGAAGAUUCUCUAUGUGAGGAACUUGAUGCUGGCUACUACAGAAGAGACCAUUGAGAAGGAGUUCAACAGUAUCAAACCAGGUGCUGUAGAGAGAGUGAAGAAGAUCAGAGACUACGCCUUUGUCCAUUUCACCCAGAGAGAGGACGCGAUAAGCGCCAUGGACGCAGUGAACGGAAAGCUGGUGGAUGGCUCACCCGUGGAGGUGACCCUGGCCAAGCCGGUGGAUAAGGACAACUACGUGCGCUACACCCGGGGUACAGGUGGCCGCGGUGGGACCCUGCUCCAGGGGGAGUACACCUACACACUUGGCCAGGUGUAUGAUCCCUCAGCAGCCUACCUGGGUGCCCCAGUGUUCUACGCCCCACAGGCAUAUGCUGCUAUUCCUAAUCAGUUCCGCUUCCCCAGUGCCAAGGGGCAUGUGGGUGGCCGUGGCCUGGUGCGCACACCCUCGGUUAGAGAAAUUUACAUGAAUGUACCUGUAGGGGCAGCAGGGGUGCGCGGAAUGGGUGGUCGCGGAUACCUUGCCUACGCAGGUGUAGGCCGAGGCUGUGCCACCUACCAACUAAAGACAGACAAGCACCCCGACGACAAGCUCUUUGACCUGCUGCCGGGCAUGGAGCUCACGCCCAUGAACCCUGUGUCUAUGAAGCCUCCCGGUAUCAAACAUGCGCCACAGAUCUUGGAGGAUGUGUGUCAGAAGAACAACUGGGGGCAGCCAGUUUAUCAGCUUCACUCUGCCAUUGGACUUGAUCAAAGGCAACUGUUCCUCUACAAAGUCACCAUUCCGGCUCUGGCCACCCAAUACCCUAAUGUGCAUCCGUUCACCCCAGCCAAGCUGUGUAUUGCUGUGGAUGAGGCCAAGGUUCAUGCUGCGGAGCAUGCCCUGCAGACCCUGGGGCUGCAGACAGAGGGCGCUGAGGCCUCAUCUGCAGCAGUAGCUGCAUUCCCAGGUUACACAAUAGCGAACACCUCAGCCUCAGUAGCUGCCUCCCAGCUCAAACAGGCUGUCUCCUUGGGCCAGGACCUGACAGCAUACGCUACCUACGAGGGCUAUCCGGCCUUCGCCGUGGCAACCCGUGGAGAUGGUUAUGGAGUGUUCUAAAUUCUAGGUAUAUACAUUCUCAGUCUGUGUAAAACUUAUGUAGUAUCCAUUAUGUCAAUUUCAUUUGAUUGUGUUGAUCUAUUUAGUGGUAGAGGACCAGAAUUAGAUGUUGUAGAGUUAGCAAAUUGUCAGAAGUAGAUUGUUUAUGAUACAUUUGAUCAUUAUUUUGACAGCCAAUUAUUUUUUUCCCUAAUCACCUUUUCUAUGACACAGUUGCUGGUUCAUAGUGACGGACUAGUGACUUCCUUUGACCCAAUAGAGGUUGUAGUGUCCCUUUCAAGUUUGUUCAAUUGUCCCUAAAAGUCUUUAUAGUUCCUCAUAAAUUCAUUGAUAGAAGUAGAGUUUGCAAAUGUCAGGAAUACCAUUUCUGCCAUGGUUUCAAUGGUGACCUUUACUUUCUACCUAAAUCUCCUGCGGGUGCCUUUUGAUGUUGUUGCACAGUUGUACAUUGUUAGACUGAAAAAACUGGUUCAGCCACUUUUGAUGGUGAGAUGUGUGAACAAGGGUUUUUUUCUUUCCUGCUAUUUGUGUCUCAGUAUUUCCAAAUGCAUACACAGCAUGUGUUUCCCUCUCUUUUCCGAUGUUAUAGUGUGCAGAAAGCGAAAACCAUCCACAAGCUGUGAAGCUGAACUGCCUAUUUUAAUUUUUGAAGGUUGUUGUCUGUGGAAGUCUGUGCAAACGUGUCUGUUUUAUCCAUGGGAUAUUUAUUGUCAAAAUGUCUGAUUUUACAUUGGAGUGUUAGCUAUGGACGAUCAUCUUGAACAGAGAUGGACGUCAUUCUGUUUGGCUUAUUUCCCUUAUUACCUUACACCCGACCUAGGUUUGUGAACAUGGACGUUGGGAGUGUUAACACACUUAUCAGGGAACGAAACGACACUGAUAAAUAUGAUAAUGCCGAAGCAGUGACAGUAUUAAAGUGUGUAUAGCACUUAGAAUGUAUUUUUAUACCAGAAAUCCAACACUAUUUGUAUAGUUAUAUUGUUUUUGGAUAUUUCAAAAUUCUCUGUGCCUCAAUAAUUUAUCUGAAAUCCCAUAAAAGCAAAUGAUAAAGGGUUGAAAUGCAAAUCUGAAAUUUAAGGAGAAAUUUUGCGAAACUACAUGUGGUACUGCUUGGGUAAUUAGAAAGUGUCAUGAACUGCAAUUGCCCAUGAUGAAUAAACCAACUGCAUUUUG